AUGAGUCCAUGGCACCAGCGGGCUAUGCCGGAGGAAUCGGCCGCGGCGCCAAGAUCCCGAUGCAGACCCGAGCCGACAUGGGAAUGCACACUGCCGUCCCCACGAAGCGCGGAACCGACGCGAUGUUCGGUAAUGCGCCACCUGGGUACGUGCCGGGACGAGGCCGUGGAGCCACCGGUUUCAUCGGUGGCGUCAGUCGAGACGAGGUGGACCGCGACGAUGACAAGGCUGACCUCGGAGAUUCCAACUACGACGAGUUCAGCGGCUACUCCGGGCGG